AUGUCGAUGAUAGAAAAUCCACCAUCAGAAGAUCCCAAUGUAACGGCUCGACCUGAAACUUCGCUCUCCGCUAGACCUCUUCCAGCAGGUACAGCUCCGAUUAAGGCGGAAUACCUGAUCCAUAACACACCUGUUGUAGACUUGGCAUCGACAGCAGAGUUGAACGAUCUUGAUGCUGAUGACUUAGCAGAAGGAGCCACUUCAACAGAUGGAAGAGAUAGUAAAAAACGGAAAACCAACAAGAAAGAACGGAAAGGAGCGAACAAAGCUAGGCAUUUCCCCGUCAUAAGAGAAAUAGUAGUAAAGAUAUGUAAGAACUGGGAAACCACUGGAACAUGUGAUAGAGGAAACCAAUGCAAAUUCGCUCAUAGCUGGGAUGGUUAUUUCGAAGUCAAACCCUCAGACGUAUCAUUCAACCCUACAGCCGAAUUAUUAUCGGAACAGCCAUUCGUGAAAGAAAACCAAUGUGAGACCGAGAGUACGACAACUGAAGGUGAUAUCGUGGGGAAGAAAAUCCAACUGGCAACUACUUGUCCUGUACUGAAAGAUUUGGGUUAUUGUCCUUACGGUUGGCGAUGCAGGUUUCUAGGUGGACAUAUAAGGAGAAUUGCAGGCGAUCAAGAACAAGGAGCAAAUGGCAUACCUGGACCUUCGAAAACACUGGGACAAUGGGAGUUAUUGAAUUUCUCAACUGGAGAAGAGGAAUCUAAAGGGGCUUGGAAAAAUGGUGAAACGAAUUGGGUAGAUUGGGAUAUCAUCAAUAAAUUGAAGAGGAAUGAGUACGAAUUCCCAUUCUCAAAGGCAUAUCUCAACCUCGUCGACCCCGAUAAGCCAUUCACACUAUCCAAUUCAAGGCCCAAACAUAACAGUAAAUCAAAUAAGCGUAAACAAGAUCCUUUGGAUGAGGAAUCCGCAAUGAAUGUAUCUGAAGAAGCAGCCUUUAAUGAAGAGGACGCAUUGAACGGGAAUGAGCCCACAGAGGAGAAAGGGUACGUUGUUGGCGAAAGUGAAGUUAUGGAUGUCCCUCUCAGACCUGAAGAGAAGAAGAGGUUGAACUGGGAAGGUGGGAGAUACUUGGCUCCUUUGACUACUGUUGGCAACUUGCCUUUCCGACGGCUUUGUGUUGAUUAUGGUGCAACGAUAACGAUAUCAGAAAUGGCUCUUGCCCAGCCUUUGGUAUCGGGACAUAAUGACGAAUGGGCAUUGUGUAGACGUCAUGAGAGUGAGAAGAUGUUUGGUAUACAACUGGCUGGUGGUUUCGCGAAUAGAAUGGUUCCAGCUGCUGAACUGAUAAGGAAGACGAUGGGUGGAGGAGUCGAUUUCGUAGAUAUCAACAUGGGUUGUCCGAUUGAUCUGGUUUUCAAUCAAGGAGCUGGAAGUGCUUUGAUGGACGCUCCCGGACGCUUGGCAAAGAUACUAGUAGGAAUGAACCGGGCUUUGGGAGAUAUUCCUUUGACUGUCAAAUUCCGAACCGGUAUUGCUAAUGGGAAACCCAAUGCUCACAAAUUGAUCCCAAAAUUCGCCACGCAAUGGGGUGCAGGAGCUUUGACUAUACACGGCAGAUCAAGACAACAACGGUAUUCCAAACUUGCAGAUUGGGAUUACAUCAAGACAUGUGCAGAGACUUUAAGAGAAUCAUUAUCGGAUGCUGGAUUACCACCGGUCCCCAUAUUCGGUAACGGUGACUGUUUCUCUGCUCAAGGAUAUUACGAGGAAAUGGAAAAAUCGGGUGUGGAUGGUGUGAUGGUUGCUAGAGGUGCAUUAAUCAAACCUUGGAUUUUCACCGAGAUCAAAGAAAGAAGAGAAUGGGAUAUCUCUGCCACUGAACGAUUGGAAGGUAUAAGAAAGUACGCCGAAUUCGGUUUAUCACAUUGGGGAUCGGAUACACAAGGAAUCAACACCACACGUCGAUUCCUAUGCGAAGCAUUAUCAUUCCAAUCUCGUUAUAUACCUAUCGGUCUACUCGAAAGACUUCCUGGUAAACUCAACGAGCGACCUCCUGCAUUUAGAGGAAGAAGUGAAUUGGAAACCUUGUUAAGUUCACCUUUCUCAGGUGACUGGGUAAAGAUAUCAGAGAUGUUUUUGGGUAAAGUUGAUGAUGGAUUCAACUUUGUUCCUAAACAUAAAAGCAACGCUUAUGGCGGGGAAGAAGCUCAAGGAUAA